AUGGAAUACUUGACCGCUGAGGUGUUGGAGCUGGCUGGAAACACUGCCCGAGACAACAAAAGGAGGACCAUCAUCCCUCGUCACCUGCUGCUGGCCGUUCUUAACGACGAGGAGCUGAACAGGCUGCUGUCUGGAGUGGCCAUUGCCAAAGGAGGAGUUCUGCCAAACAUCCAGUCUGUUCUUCUGCCCAAGAAGUCCAAGAAAUCUCAGACGGAUUUCUACAUCUGGAACACAUCAGAUGUUUUGACAACUGGCCUGAGGUUCACACUGCCGAAAAUCCGUAUCAGGACAAAACCCGCCACACAAGAGCUGAAAGGAAAUAUUAACCCAUCCAGGAAAGAACUAAACUUGAAACUGGCUGAAAACCUUCUCCGUGAAUUUGAGAGAGCAGCAGAGUUAAGACAUAAGAUGGAGGAUGAAAGGUAUUUGGAGCAUCUAUGGAAAAACUGGACAGAUGUCGUGAAGGAAACCAAAAUGCAAAGGCAGAAAUCACUGGAAUCUCUGUCAGGAGCGACGAAGUGCGCUAUGCGAUGA